GUUGAAUUGAUUUUUAUUUAUAAUACUAUAUUUAUCACCAAUGCCAAUGGAUGCCCAAGUGAGUGGUGUGAGUAAUACCCCAAGCGGUGGCAAAGUUACCUUUCAUGUAAUUUUAACCUCGGAGCGCACUCAGCCUUUUCGGGUGAUCAGCAUUGCAGAGGAGGCCCCGUUGACAGCAGUACUUCGAUUUGCCGCAGAGGAGUUCGGAAUAACCUCUGUAGACUCCAUGGCCGCCACGACGAAGGAUGGCACUGGUAUCAACCCAGAACAAACUGCUGGUACGGCGUUCUUGAAAUACGGACAGGAGAUACGUUUAAUUCCACGUGAUCGUGUUGGCUAGGGAAAAAAUCGAAACUGAUUUUGUUUCCCUUGCUUGUGUAUGUCAUUGUAUUUGUAUCGAUUUAUGUGCUACUGUAUUUUCACUUGUGAAUGCAUUCUUUCUCCGUAUCAAGGGAAUUCUUUAGAAAUACAAUUAAGAUAGGAGGGAAUAAAGUGAGUUCAGGUCAUUGUAUGCGCCGUCUAGUGGCUUUUUAUUUUUUAACCUAAGUGUGUGUGUGUAUAAUUUGGAGAAGUGAUUCUGCCCAUAUUCCUGUAUUUUAGCAUCUUGAGUUGCUUUUCAGUUUCAACAUUUCUCUAAUCCCCUUAUAAUUUUAACUUCACCGAACUAAAAUCUACUAUCCUAACCACUUUUUUAUUUCUAUCUUCAAAUUAGUUUCAUUAAAUACUUCGAAAUGUUAUAUUACUUUUCUCUACUUGUUAUAGUUAGUGAUACUAUGCAGUCUUACUCAUACAAGGAAUGGAAGUUCACCCCUUUUUGUUAUUAAUUGAGCAAUUUAGUGUUGUCAUUAUUGAAGAAUUACUAGAGAGAGAAGGAUAUCAAUAUCACAGGAUUUGUGUGGAGCAAAUGGAUUUUGAAAGUGAGGAAUGAUAAGCAAUGAGACCCUUAGGUGCACUGGCAGUAGUAGUUCUUUUUCACUUUUAGCCACCUUGACAUCUAUAAGCCUUAGUUGCAAAACCAGAAUUCGACAAGACUUUCCUUUUACUUGCCUUCUUACCAUACAGAGUGCGUAGAGAAAAAAAAUGUAAUUUUCUAAACGUAUUCUGUUGGUAAGCAUUUCAUUGCGACCACAACUCAAUUUGUGCUGUGUAACUCAUAAAAAAUGGGGGAAACAGGACGCUGAGUCACCUUAUUGAAUAAAUCACCCCAGUCUGGUCCGCUGUUAGGGCCAGUAAAGCAUUUUUCCGAGGCUAAGGUUAGCGAUUUAUGUGGUGUAGAUACAAGUGAGGGUUUGAAGGUGUGACCGCUCAUAAAUGAGUA